AUGCAUUAUGGAGCAUACGGGUUUGCAGUGGAUCCGUAUGUUCCAACAAUAACAACACGGGAUAGAUAUCAACAGUUUACAAUUGGACAACGAGAAGGACCAUCGUUUUUGGACUAUGCUGCUGUUAAGUUUUAUAAAGUAAACAUGGCUUAUCACUGUACGGAACACUGUUCGUAUUUACACUGCGAACAUGGUGGCUAUCCAAAUCCGAACAACUGUGCUCAGUGCUUGUGUCCGGACGGUUUUGCUGGCCCUGCUUGCGAACGUGUCCAACAGACACCAUGUGGAGCGCUCAUAAAUGUAUUGCAAGCUAUUUUAUUAAAUAAUAUACAUGCAUAG